AACACAAACAUUUUCGGACUAAAUUUCUGUUUUACACAUUUCUUUGACAGUUCAAAAUUCAAGUUUCAAAAAUGAACUGUAAAUUGCGUCGUUUGGAUAUGCUGCGCUCGGGUCAGCUGUCCGACUGCGAGGUGUGCGUUUGGUACUGGGACGGAAGCAGUCGUUGCCAUCGAGUGUUUAGAUGCCACGAGAUCCUGCUUGUGUCCGCCUCGGCGGAGUUUGGGCGGUUGUGCAGGUCGCCGUGCUUUGAGCGUAACAAUCGAGUAAUCGACUUGGACGAUGCCUCGCCGGAGGCCUACGAGGCGCUCAUUCGGUACAUAUACACUUACGAGGUGUGCAACGCCAUCAACCUGGAGAUUUGCGGCGAACUGAUGCGGCUGGCCAUGAAGCACAGGAUGUACGACUUCAUUGACUGCUACCUCACCAAGCUGUCCGCGCAGAAGUGGCCCAUGGAAGUGGUGCUGCAGAUAUUCCAUUUGGCCAAUAAAAACAACAGUCCCAUCAUAAUGGAACUGGUGGCAAAUAAAAUUCUUCCCAUUAUCACCAAAGUGUUGAACGAAAAAGCAUUUCUUCGCCUGAACGUUCGCGAGCUAAAGGCUUUGAUGAUCAUCUUGAAGGAAGAGGAGAUCCUGCCCGACAAGCAGCUGCUAGAGGCCCUCAAGAAGUACCAAAUGGCCAACAACUUGCGCUACUGUGACAUGGAGCGCUUCCAGCAGUUCGUUGAGGUGGCUCGAAUCUUUGACGACAUUUAUUUCGCAGUGGAUGGCUCUCUCACAAUUCGAAAAGGUGCGAACGAAACGGACCCGGAAUGUACCUGUGCAGCCGAGCAGAAAUCACCCAGCUAUCUGCUCGGCUCUGGCUCCAACAAACCGGAGGCUGCCUGCUGCUGGCAGCAUAAGGAUCCCAUGGCCAGUUCUUCCAAACAAUCCACUCAUUCGAUUUGUCCGAAAGUCUUGCUGAAGCAAAAGAGUAGCUUGGAUUGUGGUCGCUCAAUGCAGAAGCUGGAGAACUGCCCGGGUGCCGUGGUGGAGCAGGAUAACGACUUGGAUUGUGGUUGUGGAGUCGUGCAGAAGGUGGAGAGCUGUCCUGUAGUUGUGCGGAAGCAAGAUAAUGAUCCCAUGCCAAGUUCUUCCAAGCAAUCGAAUUAUUUAAACUGCGCGGGAGACGAGGUGCAGCAUGAUAGCUUCUUGGAUUGUGGCUGUGAAGACAAACAGAAGCUUAAGAACUGCACUGUAGUCGCAGAAAAUCAGGAGAACAAUCCUAUCGCAAGUUCUUCUAAGCAAUCGAACCAUUCGAACGGCUCUCGAAUCAUGUUGAAGCUAGCUGGCGACUUGCCUUGUGGCUGUGGAGUCGUGCAAAAGCUUGAGCGCUGCCCUGGAGUCGAGGUAAAUCAGAAGAACGAAUCAAUGGCAAGUUCUUCCAAGCAAUCGAAUUAUUCGAGCUGUUGUGAAGACGUUGUGCAGCAUAAUAACUACUUGGUUUGUGGCAGUGAAGUCUUGAAAAAGGUAGAUAGCUGCCCUGUAGUCCUGGUGCAGCAGAAUAACGAUACCAUAGCCAGUUCAUCCCAGCAGUCGCACCUUUCCAACGGCUCUCGAGGCAUAAUGAAGCAAGAUGCCGAAUUGGAUUGUGGCUGUGCAAUCGAGAAGAAGGCAGACAGCAGCUGUGCGGACUUGCCGAAGCAGAACGACUUGGAAUGUGGUUGCGGAGUCGAGAAGAAGACAGAGAACAGCUGUGCAGUUGUGGCGAAGCAGCAGAACGAUCCUGUGGCCAGUUCCUCCAAGCAGUCGCACCUUUCCAACGGCUCUCGAGGCAUACUGAAGCAAGAUGUCGGCUUGGAAUGUGGUUGCGGAGUCGAGAAGAAGACAGAGAACAGCUGUGCAGUUGUGGCGGAGCGGCAGAACGAUGCUGUGGCGAGGUGCGCCAAGCAGGCGCACCGCUCCAACGGCUCUCGAGGCAUACUGAAGCAAGAUGUCGGCUUGGAAUGUGGUUGCGGAGUCGAGAAGAAGACAGAGAACAGCUGUGCAGUUGUGGCGAAGCAGCAGAACGAUCCUGUGGCCAGUUCCUCCAAGCAGUCGCACCUUUCCAACGGCUCUCGAGGCAUACUGAAGCAAGAUGUCGGCUUGGAAUGUGGUUGCGGAGUCGAGAAGAAGACAGAGAACAGCUGUGCAGUUGUGGCGAAGCAGCAGAACGAUCCUGUGGCCAGUUCCUCCAAGCAGUCGCACCUUUCCAACGGCUCUCGAGGCAUACUGAAGCAAGAUGUCGACUUGGAAUGUGGUUGCGGAGUCGAGAAUAAGACAGAGAACAGCUGUGCAGUUGUGGCGAAGCAGCAGAACGAUCCUGUGGCCAGUUCCUCCAAGCAGUCGCACCUUUCCAACGGCUCUCGAGGCAUACUGAAGCAAGAUGUCGGCUUGGAAUGUGGUUGCGGAGUCGAGAAGAAGACAGAGAACAGCUGUGCAGUUGUGGCGAAGCAGCAGAACGAUCCUGUGGCCAGUUCCUCCAAGCAGUCGCACCUUUCCAACGGCUCUCGAGGCAUACUGAAGCAAGAUGUCGACUUGGAAUGUGGUUGCGGAGUCGAGAAGAAGACAGAGAACAGCUGUGCACUUAUGGCGAAGCAGCAGAACGAUCCUGUGGCCAGUUUCUACAAGCAAUCGAAUCCAUCAAACUCUUCUCAAGUUCUGCGGCGGCAAGAUACCAACAUGGGUUGUGGUUGUGGAGUUGUGCAGAAGGCAAAAAAACUCCCUAAAGUCGCAGUGAAGCAGGAGAAUCCAACAGCCAAUGGUUUCAAGCAAUCGAAGUGCAGCUCUAAAGUCGUCCUAAAGCAAGCUCUCCACCUGGCUUGUGGUGGUGGCGCCUGUCGCAAGGCAGAAGAGAGCUCUAUAGUUGUGGUGAAGCAACAUAAACUGGCUGGAGCUUGUGGAGUCAGUUCCUCAAUUCAGCAUCAAACGAGUCAUUCGAAGAGGCGUUCUCGAGUUGGGAGAUCAACCAGCGCUGGCUGUGGUUGUGGCAUGGAUACGCAAAAGUCGAAGCCGAAGUCCAGCAAGAACGAAUGCCGAUAGUUCCAAGCUUAGACGUGGGUACGUCGGUUCUUUAUUGAGAUUUUGAAUAUAUAUUUAGGAAAUCAAAAUGAUCGCUUUA